AUGGAGCCCAAACCAUUUUUGAUCCAUGAGCUGUCAACCGAAAUGCCUGACAUAACUACAAUCUCUAAACAAAUAUAUUGUAAAACAUGUAAUGUUAGACUCUUUGUAAAAGAAUUGUUUGUGUGUUUCAAGAUAUUUUCACAAUCUGAAGGCAAACCAUAUAAGGCACAGUUAGACAAUGAGAUUAAAAAGAUUCCAAUUAGUUAUGCUGCUGGUAGGAUGAAUUCCGGAAAUAUGAAAGUUGAAUUAGACCUAUUUAAAAACAGCAUUCAUCUGUUAACUAUGUUUUUAGUUUUUAAUGAGUCUGUUAUGAUGGGAAAAGAAUGUCUAGAAGUUGUGAGGGAAUAUUUUGAUGAAUCAACCAUACCAAAAUUGACGAACAUUCAUUCGAAAUGGCAUGACCUACAGAGGAAUACUGACAGCAUUGAUGUAUCUACCACACUACUCAUCAAUUUGUUACUGACUAUUAGUUCUUUAGAAUUCUGCCAAUCCGAAAAUAUCAGUGCUCAUGAUUAUGAAAAAGAGUUUUUAAACUUAUGCCUCAGAGAUGAAAGCAUUUUGCGAGAUUUUUCGGAUUAUUUAAUCAAGCUGGGUCAAACUUUCGAGAUAUUUUACAACAUUGGAAAAUCGGAGAUGGAUUAUUAUUUUGGAUGGAGGAAUGGUGACGACAAUGGCAUGUCGUAUGAGACGAUGCUAAACUGGUUUGACGUCUUGAUACACGAGUCAAAUAAUGAUGACGUAAUAAUGUUGACGUCACAAACUCUAUCACGUGCCGCCAAUGAAUCUGACGUCAACGUUUUCAGAACUAUAUGCAACGAAUUAGGAAAAUUUGAUUUUUUGGAAGAGUGGAUAUUCAAUUAA